UUACUUUUUGUCAAACACCUACACUUAACUGAAUUAGUUCUUGCCUCUGUAAAACCAUUAGUAAAUAAAAGACUUUUCUUACGCUACACUACAGUGUUCUGUUCAAGUAUAACUUUCUGAACUCAAUCAUAAAUCAUUUAUUUGCUAAGACACAGGCUCUCAGUCCACACAUUCAAUUCAGUUUUAUUUGCAUAGCGCUUUUUUACAGAGGACGGUCACAAAGACUCUUUGGAUUCACAUCCCAACCUGUCAUACCUGUUUGUGUUCAGUUCCUUAUCCAUGUAUCUCAUUCACAGGUCAGAUAUGCUGUAAGCAAACCUGGUCCCUGCUCUGUCUAAGCUUAAUAACAAGAGUCUGAUGGAUGACUGAAAGUCUGAGCCUGAAUAUUCAGAAUAACAAAACACCAAGUGCCUCCAGCACACGGUCACCUGCAUUCAUUAGACCUGAUUAAUUAAAACUAAUGAAAAGGAAUCCUGUGAUGUAGUUGCAGGUUUGGAUGGAGCAAAAAACAAGGACCAUCUCAAGGUCUCGAGGACCAAGCUUGGGGUUGACAGGUGACACGGAUGUUGGUGCCCGCGUGCAAUCUGACAGUGAUAUAUCCGUGGAAUCACGUGUCACUUGAAGUGAAAGUAAGAGACUGUGUGUUCAUAGUCAAAAUCAAAACAAACACGGAUGGAUUCUACGUGACGGAAUAUGGAAAUUUAGUGUAAUCGUAGCGCUUCAUCGACACAAGCGGGUGCGAGUAGCCAUCGCCUGCGUUCCACUUUCACACCGAAAUCAGAAGGGUGCGCUGUCAGAGCAACAAGAGGCUGAGUAGCCAGAGAUCAAUAUGACAACUAAUGUGAUAGUCCAACAGCCACCAGCGGUGCAAGUUGGGAUGGUGCAGUCAAAUCAGUGGAGCACAGGAAUCUGUGACUGCUGCGAUGACCUGUCUAGCUGCUGCCUCGGGCUGUGGUGCUUCCCCUGUUUAGCCUGCAAGACGACUUCGGAAUUCGGGGAAUGCGCCUGUCUCCCCCUGGUGGACACACUGUCCCCCUGCGUGCCCCCCGUUUCCUUUGCCAUGAGGGCUGGUGUGCGCAACAGAUACGGCAUCCAGGGAGACAUGUGUUCAGACUGCAUCUACGCCGCGUUCUGCAACGUCUGCUCCUGGUGCCAGAUUGCCCGGGAGAUCAAGCGACGCAAACAGACCCUCGUCUUCGUCAACGUCCAGCCUGCGCCCGUUGCCAUCGCACCCGUAGUCAUGCCGUCCCAUGUAGUCACCCCUGUUCUCACUACCUAGCCUCCCUACUCCCCCCACACCACGGUGUACGCAUUCGACAAUAGUGGACACAAGGAUCACCUGAUCGAUCACGUGACUGCCCCCCAAAUGGCUUUGCUAAUAUCCCCUCAAGUCUGCAUGCACCGUCAAGUAUAUUAUGAGUGCACUAAAAUAUAUCACCUGGGUCUAUUUACUAUGAAUCAUUAAUUCUUACAUUGGCUCAAUAUUUAUUCUAUCCAAUCAACCUUUUCUACAAUCAGUGCGCUCAACCCACAGGCAGCCAAUGGGAAGCCUACUUGGACCACAGAGUUUAUGUUAUGUAGAACGUUUGUCACCAUAGAACUAGAUUUGCUGAUGGCCCAGAAUAUAAGAAUGUGUUUGGAUAGAAGUCGCGGAAAGUACAGCACUGCUGCAGCUGCAUCAGCCGCUGAUGUCCUUGUAAUGUAAUAUUUAUAUCUGCUGUAGUUUCCUGCUUUCAGUUCCUGUUCUCAGGGGGGAAUAAAAUUAACCAUCUUCGCUUCGUUCUGUGCUGUGUUCCCAUUUGCUGAACGCUUGAAACAGACCCAGGCUACAGUUGAGGAGGUGCAUAAACGUACGAUUGUAUUUCCAUUCUGUUUAGGAAGUCGAAGAAGAGAAUCUUGGCGCCUGCUGGGUGGCUCAUCCUGUUAAAGCGCUGUGUUCUAGUACACGGAUGUGUUCCAUGGAGUGGUCUAAUAAGUUGGAUUAUUCAGCUAACUCCACACCUAUGAUUAAAAGUGGCCAUUUGUUGCCUUCUUGUUGAUAUUGAACUUUUGUAUUCCUGAAAGCAACGCUGAGUCGGACCAAAUGUAGUCUGUUUGGGAUGAAUUAACACUGGAUGUUUUACUGUGUAUUCGCACAUGAUUUGUAUAUUUGUUAGAGAACUGGCCUGCCACGUAGAGCUGCCCUGUUGUUUCCCAGGUGGCCCAAUAGUUUAGGCACAUUUACUUGUGUUUGAACUGAAUUGCUUCAACAGCUAGCCAUGUAUGUUGAAAAAUAAUAACAGAAAUAGCCUAAUAAAAAAUUUUAAAAAAACAUUGUAAGCAUGAAAGUAUAAUAAUGAUGAACUGUACCAUGUAAACACCAGUACAGAGGCUAGGAGGUUGUGAAUC